AUGCAUUGGGAAUAUGCGGGUGGUUUACUUUUACUCUGCGCGGUGACAGUAACAUGCUGGCCUUACGACGAGUCUCUGGUUGCCUACAAUAUCAAUGAGAACAAAACAGCCACGAACCCUGCAGAAUAUUGGGGAGCGUGGCCGAACCACACCUAUUUCCCAUCUCCGGAAAAUUGGCGCUUCCCUAUCUACACCUUGUUCCUGGAUCGAUUUGUCAAUGGGGAUCCAACAAACGACAAUAUAAAUAAAACGCUCUUUGAGCAUGACCUCAAUUCGAACCAAAUGCGUCAUGGUGGAGACGUGGUCGGUUUGGUUGACACCUUAGAUUACCUGCAAGGCAUGGGUAUCAAAGGUAUAUACCUUGCAGGAUUGGUGCUUAUGAACCAACCAUGGGGCUCAGACGGGUAUUCCGCUCUUGACACCACCUUGCUCGACCAGCAUUAUGGUACCAUUCAAGUAUGGAGAGAUGCCAUUAUUGAGAUCCACUCACGUGGAAUGUAUGUCAUAUUUGACAAUACUGUGGCUACGUUGGGAGAUCUCAUUGGCUUUGACGGCUAUCUCAACACGACUACUCCAUUUACUGUCAAAGAGCACAAAGCCCAAUGGAAGUCGGAUCGUCGCUAUGCUGACUUCCAUUUUGGCAAUAGCUACAACGAAACCUGUGACUACCCUCGGUUCUGGAACCAGACUGGGUAUCCGGUAGAGGAGUAUGUCACUGAAGAGCUGAAAGGCUGUUAUAAUAGUGAUUUUGACCAGUAUGGUGACAUUGAAGCCUUUGGCAUCUUCCCUGACUGGGAGCGUGAGCUGGCAAAAUUUGCAUCUGUGCAGGAUCGUCUUCGCGAAUGGAUACCCAGUGUCAGAGACAGGCUCAUCCGUCACUCGUGCAUGAUAAUUAAUUCCUUGGACAUUGAUGGCUUCCGCUAUGACAAGGCAACUCAAGCCACCGUGGAUGCUUUGAGCGACAUUUCUAGUGCAUAUCGGGAGUGUGCUCGCCAAGUUGGCAAAAAUAACUUCUUCAUUCCUGGAGAAAUUACUGUUGGAAAUACUCUUGGUUCAGUUUUUCUUGGUCGUGGCCGACAGCCAGACAUGCAGCCAGAGACGCUUGAAGAAGCAUUCAAGCUAACAAACACCUCCAAGUCCACCUAUAUCCGACAUCCAGGUCAACAAGCGAUCGACGGAGCCGCUUUCCACUACUCGGUGUAUCGGUCUCUGACUCGUUUUCUGGGAAUGGAUGGCAAUCUGGCCGCUGGUUACGACCUUCCAGUAAACUGGACCGAAGCAUGGUAUGAGAUGGUGCUCACAAAUGAUCUACUUAAUGCUAACACCGGCAAACUUGAUCCACGCCACAUGUAUGGAGCGACAAACCAGGAUGUGUUCCGCUGGCCAACUGUUGAAUUCGGUGUUCAGAGACAGCUUCUAGGCCUUUUUAUCACAACGUUGCAUAUGCCUGGUAUCCCUCUUCUACUUUGGGGAGAGGAGCAGGCGUUCUAUAUUCUGGAUGCGACCGCUUCCAACUACAUCUACGGCCGUCAAGCCAUGUCUCCAGCGACGGCUUGGAAAACUCAUGGUUGCUUUAACUUGAACUCAACUCAAUAUUUUGAAUGGCCCAUCGAAUCCGGCCGACUGGGGUGCCACGAUGCGGCUGCCACUUAUGAUCAUCGCAAUCCAGCUCACCCGCUUCGGAACAUCAUCAAGCAUAUGUACCAGAUGCGACAGGAGUAUCCCGCACUAAAUGACGGAUUGUGGAUACAGUUGCUGUCAAAUCAAACGCACGACGUCUACUACCCUGGUUCCAAUGGUACUCUCACCGAGACCGGCAUGUGGUCGGUUUUGCGCAGUCCUUACUACGAAGUGCAAGACUUGGGCAAACAAGGCAACCAAACAGUAUGGCUGCUCUACCAGAAUGACAACCGUACGGUGACAUAUACCUUCGAUUGUUCGGAUCAAAAUCAUGCAUUGGUUGCUCCAUUCGGUACUAAUACAACCGUCAAGAAUCUCUUUUAUCCCCAUGAUGAGCUCACACUCAAGGACAGUUCAACUAAACUGUAUCUGAAUGGAUCCACAAAAUGGAAUGGCUGCCUUGACAGUUUAACUCUCCAUCCGUAUGAGUUCAGGGCAUAUGUUCCGAAAAAGGAAUUCCGACUUCCUCGGCCUAUGAUCACCAAGUAUACCCCAGGCCAUGAUGUUCCAGUGCUUUCAAAAGUUCGGCCUGGUAUGAGCGAGGAUUUGAAAAUUGGUCUAUAUUUCUCAACAGAGAUGAAUUGCACUUCAGUAACCCAGUCCAUUUCGAUUGAAUCCUCAACUGAGCUUGGGAAAAUGCCUUCCAUUAAUUUGGAUAGUAUCAAGUGCGGCAAUGUCGCCGUGGAGAAGACGAUCUUGACCGGACAACUUCCAUCUACAUGGGUUUGGAUGGCGACUCUGAACCGGGUGUACAAUGGAAUCCAUCGAUUGACCGUCAGUAACGCAACUAGUGUCGAUGGAAGAACAACCGACGCCAUUGAUCAUUUCUUGAUCCGAAUCGGACAGCAAGACAAUCCUAUGAUUUUCACAGCGGCAAACUACUCAACCAGUCUCCUUCAUCAAUAUGAGAAUGGAGAACUUUACAUUGAACAGCACGCCGCGGGUGCCGACAAGUACCGUUACUCGACAAACUUCGGUAGUACCUUCAGCGACUGGAAACCGUACCAAGGAGGACAUGCAACCAUCAAGGAGCUGCCUUGGUCAGGGACUAAGGAACAACGAUGGAAAGGUAAACACGUUCGAGUCGAAUACUGGAGCCGAUUGACUGGCAGCAGUGCUUACGUCCAAGAGGGUGAUGGCGCCGGAUGGAAUCCAUCUAUCCAGCGACGCUGGCCUCACCUCUAUUUCAAUGGCCCGUUCAACGAAUACGGCUAUGAUUCCGGCUUGGACAACGUGGUAAAGCAGGACGAAAAUGGCACCUGGAUCUACCGCUUCAUGGCUGAAUGGCCUGCCCAGGGCCAGCUCAAUGUGUGGGGCAUCAACCUGAAUGGCCAACCGGACCAGAGUUAUAUAUAUGGUGAUUCGGACGGGGAUUCCGUUUUGGAUCGUCUGCCUCCAUCAUCCCUCAGCGUUACCAGCAUCAAUAUCACCGAACAUCCGCCCAGUCCGCACCUAGCCUGGACUAUCUACAUUGACGAUGGAACUUUGCGAUAUAAGCUUGUGCCGAGCGGAUCAAAACAUGUCCAAAUGGCUCUAUUUUCCCUACUUUGGAUUGUUCCCGUGGUAACUGCGACGAGUGUUGCCUAUGUGUUCAUGAAGACUUUCUACAGGAUCAAGUUCAAUCAGGUUGGGGUUAAUGAGAAGAAAACACUUAUUUCAGUGGAUUUUCUGGAUAGGUUCAAGGUGCACCAUCUGGAAGAUGGCCACUCUAUGAAUCCUUUCCUGCGCCUCAUGAACAAGUCCCGGUUUCUUCAGAGCAGUUCUGCCUUUGGCAAUCGAGAAUCGCGCCGACGAAAGGUUCUCAUUGCAACUAUAGAGUACGACCUUGACGAUUGGGGCAUCAGGAUUAAGAUCGGUGGCCUCGGUGUCAUGGCUCAGCUGAUGGGUAAACAACUCGGCCACCAAGAUCUCAUCUGGGUCAUUCCCUGUGUGGGUGAUGUGGAAUACCCCAUUGACAAGCCCGCCGAAUCAAUGUUUGCCAUGAUCUUGGGCAACCAAUACGAGGUCAAAAUCCAGUACCACAUCUUGAGAAACAUCACCUAUAUUCUUCUCGACGCCCCGGUUUUCCGUCAGCAGACCUCGCUGGAGCCCUAUCCUGCCCGCAUGGAUGAUCUCGACAGCGCCAUUUACUACUCUGCUUGGAACCAGUGCAUUGCGCAGGCCAUGAAGCGGUUCCCUGCUGACCUCUAUCACGUCAAUGAUUACCACGGUUCGCUUGCUCCUCUUUACCUGCUUCCCGAAACCAUCCCCAUCUGCCUAUCGCUUCACAAUGCCGAGUUUCAAGGGCUAUGGCCAAUGCGGACACAGAAAGAGAAGACCGAAGUAGCAUCUGUCUUCAAUCUCGACCUAGAGAUUGUCACUCGCUAUGUGCAAUUCGGCGAAGUCUUCAAUCUCCUUCAUGCAGGUGCAAGCUACCUCCGUCUUCACCAGCAGGGGUUUGGCGCGGUCGGUGUAUCGAAGAAGUAUGGGAAACGGUCAUAUGCACGCUAUCCAAUCUUCUGGGGUCUGAAGAAAGUGGGAGUUCUGCCAAACCCUGAUCCCUCGGAUACCGGUGAAUGGAACAAGAAGCUACCAAAAGAGAGCGAUAUCAACGUCGACAAUGAAUACGAGACAAGUCGUGCAAAAUUCAGACGACAAGCCCAGCAAUGGGCCGGGCUUGAGCAGAUCCCAAAUGCCGAUCUACUUGUCUUCGUUGGACGGUGGUCCAUGCAGAAGGGGAUCGACCUCAUCGCCGAUGUCAUGCCCGCUGUUCUGGAAUCUCGGCCAAGUGUCCAGCUCAUUUGCAUUGGACCGCUCAUUGAUUUGUAUGGAAAAUUCGCUGCCUUGAAAAUGGAUCGGAUGAUGAAGCUCUAUCCUGGGCGUGUAUUCUCGAAGCCUCAAUUCACUGUGUUGCCACCGUUCGUUUUCUCGGGUGCAGAAUUCGCAUUGAUCCCUUCACGAGACGAGCCAUUCGGCCUUGUUGCCGUUGAAUUCGGCCGGAAGGGUGCUCUCGGAAUUGGUGCUCGAGUUGGUGGUCUUGGUCAAAUGCCUGGUUGGUGGUAUACUGUUGAGUCGACGACAACUUCGCAUCUUCUGAAGCAAUUCAGGCUGGCCAUCGACAGUGCCCUGAAUUCCAAGCCGGAGGUGAGAGCUAUGAUGCGAGCUAGAUCAGCUAAACAACGCUUUCCUGUUGCCCAGUGGGUUGAAGAUCUGGAGAUUCUACAAUCCACUGCUCUUCGCAUCCAUCAUAAAGAGAGCGCGAAGACCCAAAGUCAGAACAUGGUUUCUUCCUCUGCAUAUAAUGCUAUCUAUGGCAUGAUGACUCCCCAGUCCGAAUCUCCAAGGACUGGCUUGUCGGGUGGACCGAUUAAUCCUUCGCCUCAAUCCCCUCAUCAUAAUGGGACUAUCUCAUCGCUUCAAAGAGGCUCUGUGGUUUACAGUCGGGAUCCAAGUCCUGGCGCGGAUGGACGUCCAAAAUCAGGGUUGAGCCGCGAACUUGCAUUUGGUGGUCGCGGCCGACGAGAUGUUCGGAAGGGUGCUGCGGUUGAGACCGAUGACAAGAACAGAGGAACUUUUCCACAGGCAGAAGACGAUAGCGAUGACGAAAUGUUUUCGACAAUCUACGGGGAAGAUGAGUAUCCCAUCACUGAUUCGGCUCCCUCGCCGCAAGAUGCUCAAUCUUCCAGCAUUCCUUUCAACCAAGAAGCUCUCUCUACUCGACACUCAAGCCAGGGAUCUCUUCUAGCCCGGUCAAUUGGUACACCCUCGAGUUCGACCGCCCCCAGCACAGUAGAGAGUGAGGAUACACUUCUCCCUCUUUCACGACCUUGGGCAGAACCAGGAAGCCGUCUAAGCGGCACAUCCGUUCUGUCAGUUGACUCAGUUGUUGGAGACAAAAAAGACUACAAACUUCAGAAGGUGGACCCUUUCUUUACUGACAGCAAUGGCGAGUAUUACCGAGUAUUCGAAAAGAAGCUUGAGGAACUCAGCGGCUCCAACUCUGAUACUCAACUAUGCAUUGAGCAAUACCUCGAAAAAAGUGAAAGGAAAUGGUUCGACCGAUUCAGAGACGCUCGUCUGGGUCGCAAUCAAUCACCAGCCCCUUCCAUGCUAUUUGGCAGAACUGGCACCUCUCCUCCAGAAUCCAUCACUAACGACGAUUCAACUUCCCACGAUAGCGAAGUUCCAGGGCGCAAAGAAGAUGGUGCAGACGAAUUCCAGCUUGGAGACGACUAUGUUCCACCUACUGGACUAAAGAAGUGGAUGCAGAUGCGUAUCGGCGACUGGCCUGUCUACUCCCUCUUCCUUGGUCUAGGGCAGAUCAUCGCCGCGAACUCUUAUCAAGUUACACUGCUCACCGGUGAGGUGGGACAGUCAGCCGAGAAACUGUACGGAAUCGCGACAGUGUAUCUGGUCACUUCAUGUCUCUGGUGGCUCUUCUUCCGCUUCUGCAAGUCGGUGCUUGUUCUCACAGUCCCAUGGUUCCUGUACGGACUCGCGUUUCUGAUUAUCGGCGUGGCUCAUUUUGAGCCCAACUCAUUCGCACGCGGCUGGAUCCAGAACGUGGGAAGCGCCGUAUAUGCUGCAGCCUCGUCAAGCGGCUCUGUUUUCUUUUCUCUUAAUUUCGGUGACGAGAGCGGUGCGCCGGUCAAGAAAUGGGUGUUCCGCGCUUGUCUGAUUCAGGGCACGCAACAAGCCUAUGUUAUUGCGCUGUGGUAUUGGGGAUCAACUUUGACCAAAGCCUCCGCAGCUGGUGUGUCAAAUAUCCAGGGCAAUAUCACUAACACUUGGAGAAUGACGGCUAUUUGCACACCGAUCACGGUUUUCCUCUGGUCUAUAGGCUUGAUAGUCUUCUUCGGUCUUCCAGAUUACUACCGACAGACCCCGGGCGAAGUUCCUUCCUUCUACAAGUCUGUUUUCCGACGCAAGAUCGUGCUGUGGAACUGGGUUGUGGUCAUUCUUCAGAACUUCUUUUUGGGCGCCCCUUAUGGCCGGAACUGGAACUUCCUCUGGAUCUCCAACCAUGCCAAACCAUGGCAGAUCCUGCUUCUCUGUAUUGGCUUCUUCGGUGUCGUCUGGAUAGGAGUGCUUCUAUUCAUAGCGUAUUUAUCCAGAUCACACAGCUGGAUUCUCCCCGUCAUCGCUUGUGGCCUCGGCGCGCCACGCUGGGCACAAAUCUGGUGGGGAACGUCUGGAUCAGGCCUCUUCCUUCCCUGGGCAGGUGGAUAUACAUCAGGGGCUCUAGUGUCGCGCAGCUUGUGGCUAUGGCUUGGUGUCUUGGACGCACUACAGGGUCUGGGCUUUGGUAUGAUCCUAUUGCAAACACUGACGCGCAUGCAUAUCUGCUUCACUUUGCUAGUAUCGCAGAUCUUGGGCUCCAUUGCCACCAUCUGUGCCCGCUCUUUCGCACCAAAUAAUAUUGGGCCUGGCCCUGUAUCUCCGGAUAUCACGGGCGGGGCAAGCGCAUUGGGAAAUGCUUGGUUCUGGAUUGCAUUGAUGCUCCAACUUUCAAUCUGGCAAGUUGCUCUGGGUGCGAUAUAUAUAUUAGCAUUUCUUUUCUAA